GCGCGCGCUGAAGAUUUUUCGAUGGCUGGGCAGAGGCUGGCGGCGGAUUUCCUGCAGGUGCCGGCGGUGACACGAGCCUACACCGCGGCCUGCGUCCUCACCACGGCCGCAGUGCAGCUGGAGCUCCUCAGCCCCUUCCAGCUCUACUUCAACCCGCACCUGGUGUUCCGGAAGUUCCAGGUCUGGAGGCUCAUCACUACCUUCCUCUUCUUCGGGCCCCUGGGAUUCGGCUUCUUUUUCAACAUGCUCUUCGUGUUCCGCUACUGCCGCAUGCUGGAGGAGGGUUCUUUCCGUGGCCGCAAGGCCGACUUCGUUUUCAUGUUUCUCUUCGGUGGUGUUCUUAUGACUCUGCUGGGAUUCCUGGGCAGCAUGUUUUUCCUGGGACAGGCCCUCAUGGCCAUGCUGGUCUAUGUGUGGAGCCGUCGAAGCCCACAUGUGAGGGUCAACUUCUUUGGCUUACUCAACUUCCAGGCGCCAUUCCUGCCCUGGGCCCUCAUGGGCUUCUCGCUGCUUCUGGGCAACUCGGUUAUCACAGACCUGCUAGGGAUCAUUGUGGGCCACAUCUACUACUUCCUAGAAGAUGUCUUUCCCAACCAGCCUGGAGGCAAGAGACUGCUGCUGACCCCCAGCUUCUUGAAGCUGCUACUAGAUGACCCUCAGGAGGACCCCAAUUACCUGCCCCUCCCUGAAGAGCAUCCAGAGGCCUAACUGCAGCUCCUGGAACAGUAAGCGCACUCUGGUCAGCCCCAGGCUUUAGACAGCACUCUAUCCUUCCCCUCCACCUCAGCUCAAGCUGAGCAGCACUCGGAAGGCUGGGCCUCCCAGCAGCCUUGGUGCCUCAGCCAGCAACACCCUGUACUCCUCUGUACCGUCUCUCCGCUCAACCACAGUGACAGGACACGGAGCCCAGAGAGGCCUAAGACUGCCUAGAGAUGCCCGGCAGAGUUCUGAACUACAGACCCGAGGACUCAUCUUCACACUGUCUUUCUGUCAGGGUCUUGAUGGAGACCUCAGUCCCAGUCAUUAGAGCUGGUGCCAUCCGCCUAGCCUGUCUUCGUCCUCACCUUCUCUAGCUGGUGACCCAAAGGUCCCAUGGACAAGUUUGGCCCUCUGCCAUGCUAGUGAGCCCAGGGCCUCGAGCUCUAUUUAAGCAGCAGCCCGGGUACAGCAGAGGCAGUUCUGGGACAUCCUGUCUGUCUUGCAGCUGAAGGCCUGUGUGGGCAGGUGUCCCUACCUGGUUUUCCUUGUUGCUCUACAUCUGCCCCAUGGGGCUUACUCCUGAAUGCCCACCCAACAGCAUGGGAAUUCCCCGUACCAUUGCCUGUCAUUUCUAUGGUAACAAAAAUGUUUUCU